AUGUUUUCGCCUAAGCGGGAGUACGAGGCCGUCGGCGAGGCCUACGCCCAGCGUCCCCCAAAGGGUACCCCCGAAUGCAUCGCCCUCCCCGGCACCGAAAGGCCAGGUCGCUCGAGGAUAUACCGUCACUGGCAGUCUGGCAGUGGGGAGCUGCUGAAGACGCUGGAUCCUCAGGUUCUCACCGCCCAUGAUAUUUUCGAGUCAAGUGUCAGUCGAAACCCGAAGAACCGAUGCCUGGGAGCUCGUGCCUGGGAUCCCGUUAACAAGACCUGGGGUCCGUACCAGUGGAUAGACUAUCAGACCGUCCAGAAACGUCGUGCGGCCUUCGGCGUCGGCUUGGUCGAGCUUCAUUCCCGCAUUGGCGUGCAGGGUGCGCAGUAUGGUGUUGGUCUCUGGUGCCAGAACCGGCCGGAAUGGCAAAUCACAGAUCUAGCAUGCAUGUCUCAGUCACUGUAUACCGUCUCGAUGUACGAGACCCUGGGGGUUGAGGGCACGAAAUAUAUCAUCGACAAUGCGGAACUCCGCUGUGUCGUCACGUCACUGCCCCAUGUUUCCACUUUGAUCGAAAUGAAACGCGAUUUGCCCUUGCUGAAGCUCAUCGUCUGCAUGGAUCCACUGGAUGCCGGCGAACAGCUAGGCCACUCCAAGCGGGACAUCCUUGCGCCGCUGGCCGCCGCAGCUGGCCUGGAGAUUUACACCCUGUCUGAGGUGGAAGAACUGGGCGCUUCGUUGAACCGCCCUUACAACCCUCCUUCCCCCGACGACAUCAUUACCAUCAACUACACCUCCGGCACCACGGGCAAUCCCAAGGGAGUCGUCCUCACGCAUCGAAACGCCGUCUCCGCUACCUCGUCCGGCAUGGGCUCCUGCAUGCACUAUCCCACCGAUAUCCUCGCCUCCUAUCUGCCCCUCGCACAUAUCUUCGAGCGUCUUAUGGAACACAUGUCUCUGUGGGCCGGUGGUAGCAUCGGCUACUUCCACGGCGACAUUCUCGAGCUCGUUGACGACUUCAAAGCCCUUAGGCCCACCUUGAUCGCCUCCGUCCCGCGCCUCUACAACCGCUUCGGAGGCGCUAUCCGCGCCUCCUCCGUCGAAGCCCCCGGCUUCAAGGGCAUUCUAUCCCGGCAUGUCGUCAACGUCAAAACCGCCAAUAUCCAACGCCCCGAAUCUCCCACGAACACACACAUGCUCUACGACCACAUCUGGUCGAAAAAGGUCCGCUCUGCUCUUGGCUUCGACCGCCUCCGCAACAUGGUCUCCGGUUCCGCACCGCUCGACCAAUCCCUCCACCAAUUCCUCCGCGUCGCCUUCGCCUGCACCAUUAUGCAAGGCUACGGUCUCACCGAAAGCUACGCAACAGGCCUCUGCCAGCUCAGGUCUGACCUCACCGCAGGCCACUGUGGCCCGCUGCAAGCCGGCUUUGAAGCCUGCCUCGUCUCCCUACCGGACAUGGAGUACUUCGUCGAUGACAAACCGUACCCGCGCGGCGAGCUGCUGCUCCGCAGCAACUCCAUCCUCAAAGAAUACUACAAGAACCCCGAGGAGACUGCCAACGCCCUAACAGAGGACGGCUGGUUCCGCACCGGCGAUGUCUGCCAGGUCGACCAUCUGGGCCACUUCACCAUCAUCGACCGGCGCAAGAACCUGCUCAAGCUCGCGCAGGGUGAGUACGUCUCGCCCGAGCGCCUGGAGGGCAUCUACCAGACGGCAUGCUCGUACAUCUCGCAGGCGUUUGUGCACGGGGACAGCUCGCAGACCGCACUGGUGGCCAUCAUGGGCGUGCAGCCAGACACCUUUGCGACAUUUGCAAGCCGCGUGCUGGAGAAGACCAUUGCACCAGAUGACAUGGAGGCGAUCCGUGCGGCGGCGGCGGAUGAGAGGAUUGUGCGCGCAGUGCAGGCGGAUCUCGACCGCGCGAGCAAGGAGCACCGCCUCGCCGGCUUUGAGAAGGUGAAGGCCGUCGCGAUGGUGGUUGAGCCGUUUUCGAUCGAGAAUGGGCUGUUGACGCCAACCCUGAAACUCAAACGCCCCCAGACCGUGACCACAUAUCGCGCGCUGCUCGACGAGCUAUACAAACGGGUCCCCGCAGUGAAGAAACCACUGAGACGCAGCGCCAAGGCCAAGUUGUAA